ACCGGAGAUUUAAAAAUGGAUGAUGUUGAUUUUCGUUUCAUGGACUUUAAAGAAAUUGUUGAAAACCUGAUUGGAAAUGAUAAUUCACCUAGCAUACCUGAGGCAAUUGAUACACUCUUCAUGGAUAUAGCAAAUAUGAACAGGGAGUCUAUGGCUGAAAUACAGGAUGCUCAGGUUGAAGAAAUGGCAGUAAACCUGUGGAAUUGGGCAGUUACCAAGAGAGUAGGUUUGCUUAUAAAUGAAGAGCAGAAAACUAAAUUAUGUCACGUUGCUUGCAAAUUGGUGUGUAUGUAUGAAGGCUCAGUUGCUUCAGAAGAAGCUAUUCGAAGACAGAUUUUGAUGAAUAUGAAAACAGGAAAAGGGUGGGUGAAUGUUGGAAAUGCUCUGAUUGCUGAUGAAUUUUUUCAAGCUGCCAUGGCUAGUGUGGAACAAUUAUAUGUCAUAUUAAUGCAGAAGAGCUCCAGUGAGGCCCACUUAACCAUGCAGAAGAUUGCUAUUGAAAAAGACCUCUUCAAAGUGCUUUCUUACCAAGCAGAGUCAGCAAUUGCUCAAGGAGAUUUUCAAAGAGCAUCUACAUGUGUACUGCGUUGUAAAGAUAUGUUGAUGAGGCUCCCUAAAAUGACAAGAUAUCUUCAUAUUCUCUGUUACAACUUUGGAGUAGAAACCCACAAGCAGAAUAAAUAUGAAGAAAGCUCUUUCUGGCUUAGCCAAAGCUAUGAUAUUGGGAAGAUGGAUAAGAAUUCUCUUGGGCCAGAAAUGCUGGCUAAAGUUCUACGGUUACUAGCCACCACUUAUUUGGAUUGCGAUGACAAAGAAUAUUAUGAUAAGGCUCUCUGUGCCAUAAACCUAGCAAACAAGGAACAUUUAAAUCCUGCUGGGCUUUUCUUAAAGAUGAAAAUCCUUCUGAAAGGUGAAACAGCUAAUGAAGAACUCCUUGAAGCUGUUAUGGAAAUACUACAUUUUGACAUGUCUUUAGAUUUCUGUCUGAAUAUUGCUACACUGCUGAUGGAUCAUGAAAGAGAAUCUGUUGGGUUUUAUUUUCUGAAGAUUAUCUGUGAACAUUUUAAGUCAUCAGAAAAUAUUGGAAAAGCUCUGGUGCUCUACAUUGACAUGCUUUUACAAAAGAAGGAAGAACCACUUGCCAAGGAGAAGAUUGAAGAAAUCAUUUUAGGUCACCAAACAGGAAAACAACUGACCACAGAAUUAGUAGACUGGUUACACAGCAUUCUGUGGAAAAAAGCUGCCAUAAGUUUUGAGGUACAAAAUUAUGCCGAUGCCCUACACUGGUACUGUUAUUCUCUGAGGUUUUAUUCAUCUGAUCACACAGAUCUGAACUUGGCCAAGCUGCAGAGGAACAUGGCUUCCUGUUACCUGCAUUUGAAACAAGUUGAUAAGGCCAAAGAGGCAGUGACAGAAGCUGAACGUCAUGAUCCUACAAACAUUUUCACUCAAUUUUAUAUAUUCAGGAUUGCAAUCUUAGAGGAAAAUUCUGACAGAGCUUUGCAAGCAAUCACUACUUUAAAGAAUUUAUUAACAGAUAAAGAGCUAGAAGAUAAUGACCUACUUACAGAUAGAAGUUCACCUACUGUGCUUCUAAGUUUAGCUGCCCAGUUUGCUCUGGAGAAUGGACAACAAAUUGUGGCAGGAAAAGCUUUGGAAUAUUUAGCUCAACAUUCAGAAGACCCACAAGAAGUCCUUACAGCUUUAAAGUAUUUGUUUCGUCUUGUUCUUCCAAAAGUUUUUCAAAUGCUGGAAUCUGAAAAUAAAAAGAAAGAAAUGGAUAGACUUUUGACUUGCUUGAAUAUAGCACUCCAGAAAUUUGGUCAGCCUUUUGAUGAAGAAACCUCAACUUUGGAUUCAAGGACUGAUGAAGCUCAUUGGUUUAGAAAAAUAGCUUGGAACUUGGCUGUACAAUCUGACGAUGACCCAGUGACAAUGAGAGAGUUUUUCAUACUUUCUUAUAAGCUGUCCCAGUUUUGUCCUUCUGAUCAAGUAAUUCUGAUUGCACAGAAAACAUGUUUACUUAUGGCAGCUGCAGUUGAUCUAGAGCAAGGGAGAAAAGCUUCAACAACGUUUGAACAGGUAAUGUUACUAAAUCGUGCACUUGAGCAGAUCCAUAAAUACAACGACAUCUGGAAUCUCCUGAAACAAACAGGGGACUUCUCAAAUGAUCCAUGUGAGACAUUGCUUCUGCUGUACGAGUUUGAAGUUAAAGCCAAAAUGAAUGAUCCAUCCUUGGAUAGCUUCCUGGAAUCAGUGUGGGAGCUGCCUCAUUUAGAAAGUAAAACAUUUGAAACAAUCGCAUCAUUAGCAAUGGAAAUGCCUGCAUACUAUCCUUCUAUCGCUGUCAAGGCCUUGAAAAGGGCUUUAGUGCUCCACAAAAAACAAGAAUCAAUUGAUGUUUUAAAAUACAGCAAAUGUAUGCACAACUUGAUUAACCUCUCAGUGCCAAAUGCGGCAUCAAAUGCAGACCUCUGUCCCCAGGAAGAAGUUUGGGGCUAUUUUGAAGAUGCUCUGAGCCUUAUUAGCCGCACUGAAGGCUACCCAGAAACAGAGAUUCUCUGGCUGAUGAUCAAGUCCUGGAAUACUGGAAUAUUUAUGUACAGCAGAAGCAAGUAUGUAUCUGCCGAAAAAUGGUGUGAGCUAGCAUUGCGUUUCCUUGACCACCUUGGCUCCCUCAAGAGAAGCUAUGAAACUCAGAUGAAUGUUCUAUAUGGUAAGCUUGUGGAAGCAUUAGAUAAAAAGAAGGGCUCGCUUUUUAAUGAAGAGUGAGAACGACUGGA